AUGACGCUGCCAAAUUUGCUGGAUGCAGAGGUCGUUAGCGAACCGGACUGGCCUACUAUCCCGGGGCACCAGGACACCGAACUGCAGAGCAAAGCGCUCGAAGUCCGUAUUUCGGACCGUCUUCCGAUCCCCUCAUAUGGCGACCUCAAUAUUAUCAAUGAGACCACGGAAUUGUCUUCCGAAGAAUUCCACUGCACAAAAGGAAUGGUGCCCAUGCGCAAUUGGUGUCGCGAUGCGUACAGUGUUUUGGCAUCGUUUCUUGACCAUGUUGCUUCAGUCCUCAGACUAACAAAUUCGUAUCAUCCAAGGGACAAAUUGGAACGCGAGGACUCCGUUUCAGCAGAGCCUUCACGUUGUACCCCUCGGUUAUUCUGGGCUGCGUUGUGGCGCAUUCAAAAGACACAGACGCUGUCAAAACUACCCAUUGCGCUCCAAAUACUUCAAGUCUACGAGAUCGUGGGGAGAAUAUUUCCCAUGUACAAAGUCAUGAAAGUAAAACCGAGAGUCGCACGCAAAUUGGAGUCGGGAGACCAUGACUGGUGUACCACUGACCAAAUGGACGUUGACUGGAUAUCUCUCACAUAUAAAGAUCUCGGGUUCCUGAGGCGCGCCAAAGCAUAUUUCAAGGCGUUUCAUGUUGCUUUGACAUACCAGAAGUUCUCGCAGCGUAUGAGGUUAAAGAUUGUCAUGAAUCUGUCGAGAGGGUUCUUCACCGGGAAAUAA